GAGGUGAGCAUCCAGUUUGUUAUUUCCGGCCUCCUCCAUGUUUACCAGCGGAUGAUUGACCGUGAAGAAGAGACACGCCUGUUUGUGACACAUCCUGGAGAGCUCGUUGGUCACCUCGCCGUCCUGACCGGAGAGCCCCUCAUAUUCACCGUUAGAGCCCAGCGAGACUGCAGCUUCCUCUCCAUUUCCAAAACCCACUUCUAUGAGAUAAUGCGCGUGGAGCCGAAAGUCGUGCUGAAUGUUGCUCACACGGUGGUGAAGAGGAUGUCCUCCUUUGUCAGACAGAUAGACUUUGCUCUUGACUGGAUGGCUGUGGAAGCUGGCAGAGCUGUUUACAGACAAGGAGAGAAAUCGGACAGUACUUUCAUUGUGUUGAGUGGUCGACUGCGCUCUGUGAUCAUGAAGGAGGAUGGCAAGAAGGAGCUGAUAGGAGAGUAUGGACGUGGAGACCUGAUUGGAGUG